GCCCUGGCCCUCUACGCCCUCGGCGUGCUGGUGGGGCUGCUGGCCUGUGGUCUGGCUUUCGUCAUGCAGAAGUACAAGUGCGCGAACAAACACCAGAACCCAGGCCUGACCCGCAUACUGAACACCAUGCUCAACGCCACCGGCAUGUGCUCGGCGUGGUGCGUGCUCUGGGCCACCAAGUGGACGUUCCAGUGGUGGUGCGUGGAGAACAGAGUGAAGACCCACGCGAUUCUCGAGAAGGUGAUCAUCGCCUUCGUCCUCACCGCCUUCGCUUCGGUCAUGGUCUUCAUAGUGGACAAGGUGGACGACCACUUGGAGGCCCAGGAGCCCGAGAAAGCCAGGCUGGUCGACAGCACGGACGCGGACGGCGAGGCGAACGCCCGCCUCGUGCCCAAGGGCGACGAGACCGGGGCCAAUGACCAGCAGGAGUCGGCCAAAGAGAUCGUCAGGAUCAUAAUUAACUCCCUUGGCAUCCUGGUCGGCUUCUCCUGGGAGCAUUGCUUUGACGGCGGCGUCGAGUCCGUCUCCGAGAAGUCGUCGCACAGUAACAGCAUACGGCUGAUCGUGCAGCUCUGCAUGGGCAUCAUGGUCUGUUUGCUCGUGCUGCCGGCGUGGCGGAGG